AUGGAGAAGACACCUCAAGAAGCGUUUGAUCAAUUUGAUUUGCUUGCCAAUAAUAAUCAACAAUGGGGUAGUGAGCGAACAAAGAAGGUAGGAGUUUAUGAAGUUGACACCAACACUGCGGUUGCUGCUCAAAUUUCAAGCUUUGAGAAAAAACUUGAAACUCUUAUGCGUGCUGUUAUUCCACCUUCCCCACAUCGAGUUUGUGCAAUUUGUUCUGAAACUCAUCCAAUGGAGCUUUGUCCAUCUACUAUGCAAGGUUCUGAGCAAAGCAACCAGCAACAACAAGCUAGUUCUAGGCAUCCCUUCCAGCAACAAAUGCAGCCUUUGAGUGAGCCUAAGAAACCAGCGUUGGAGGAUAUAAUCGCUCAAUUUGUGCAGACUUCUCAACAAAAUCAGAAUACUAUGCAAGCGUCCAUCACUAAGUUAGAAACUCAAGUUGGUCAGCUGGCUACUAUUGUGCAUGAGAGGGCGCAAGGUACAUUCCCAAGCCAACCUGAGAUUAAUCCUCGAAAUUCUGAGCAUGCCAAGGCUAUUAGAAUGCUGCGGAGUGGAAAAUCGUAUGGUCCACAAGAGAAUGAUGCACCAAAUGCUGGCCACGCUGAAGACCAUGUCAAGAAGAGUGGUGAGGAGGUGGAUAUUACUUCUAACAAGCCAAAAAUAGUCCCACCUACGUCAUCUAUUAUAGCUGUAGCCGAGAAGCCAAAGGAAGAGAGUUACAUGCCAUCCUUGCCUUUCCCACAUCGUGUUCACAAGCAAAGGAAGGACCAACACAUGUUUGAUAUUUUGGAAAUUUUUAAGAAAGUGCAUAUCAACAUUCCCUUGCUUCAAGCAAUUCAACAACUUCCUUCUUAUGCAAAAUUUUUGAAGGAUGCAUGUACAAACAAGAGAAAAUUCGCACCCCAUGAAAAGGUGUUGAUACUUUUGGAGGAGAACUCGAAGCCAAUCGUUGAAGCUCAAAGGCGCUUGAACCCCAAUAUGAAGGAGGUUGUACGAGCUGAAGUUUUAAAGCUAUUAGAUGCUGGCGUUAUUUAUCCCAUCUCGGAUAGUGCGUGGGUUAGUCCAGUGCAUGUCGUCCCAAAAAAAUCUGGAAUUACAGUGGUACAAAAUGAGAAUAAUGAAUUGGUUCCAACUCGCAUGACAACUGGGUGGAGAGUAUGUAUUGAUUACAGGAAGUUGAACUCUUCUACUCGCAAAGAUCAUUUUCCCCUUCCAUUUAUUGAUCAAAUGUUAGAAAGGUUAGCUGGUCACUCACAUUACUGUUUUUUGGAUGGCUAUUCAGGUUACAAUCAAAUCCCCAUUGCGCCAGAAGAUCAAGAGAAGACUACAUUUACUUGCCCAUUCGGAACAUUUGCGUAUAGGAGAAUGCCAUUUGGAUUGUGUAACGCUCCAGCCACUUUCCAGCGGUGUAUGCUAAGUAUCUUUUCUGAUAUGGUAGAGCGAAUCAUAGAGGUUUUCAUGGAUGACUUUUCCGUAUUUGGUUCUUCUUUUGAUAAUUGUUUGUCUAAUCUAACCUUGGUUUUGGAAAGAUGCAGGGAAACUAAUCUUAUUUUGAAUUGGGAAAAAUGUCAUUUUAUGGUUAACCAUGGAAUUGUGUUAGGUCAUUUGAUUUCCAACAAGGGCAUAGAAGUGGACAAAGCGAAGAUUGACUUGAUUGCUAAGUUGCCACCACCUACUUCAGUGAAGGGAAUCCGAUCUUUCCUAGGACACGCUGGUUUUUAUCGGCGCUUCAUCAAGGAUUUCUCCAAGAUCAGCCAACCCCUGUGCAACCUCCUUGCCAAGGAUGCUUCAUUUGAAUUUGAUGAUAAUUGUUUGCUUGCUUUUAACACUUUAAAACAGCUUCUAACCACUGCACCUAUUAUCACUGCUCCGGAUUGGAGUUUACCUUUUGAACUAAUGUGUGAUGCCAGUGACUAUGCAGUUGGUGCUGUUCUAGGGCAAAGGAAGGACAAGUUACCGCAUGUAAUUUAUUACGGCAGCCGUACUUUGAACGAUGCCCAGCUCAAUUACUCAACAACGGAGAAGGAGCUCUUGGCUGUGAUCUUUGCAUUGGAGAAGUUUAGGUCUUAUCUCAUCGGUUCGAAGGUUGUUGUGUACACUGAUCAUGCUGCCCUCAAGUACCUCUUGUCAAAGAAAGAAGCUAAACCAAGGCUAAUUCGUUGGGUUUUGUUGCUCCAAGAGUUUGACUUGGAAAUAAGAGACAAAAAAGGUGCAGAGAAUGUUGUAGCUGACCAUCUUUCACGCCUCACCCAAGUUAAUGAAGAUAAGAAAGACGUGCUUCCCCUCAAUGAGAGUUUUCCCGACGAGCAGCUCUUUACCAUUCGUCAUGAGGUGCCAUGGUAUGCAGACAUUGCAAAUUAUCUUGUAGGAGGAGCUGUCCCAACUAAUCUGAGUUACCAGCAAAAGAAGAAAUUCCUUCAUGACGUCAAAUUCUAUUUUUGGGAUGAGCCUUAUCUCUACAAGUAUUGUCCAGACCAGGUUAUAAGACGAUGUGUUCCAGACCCACAAACAAGCGGGCAAGUGGAGGUUUCUAACCGUGAAAUCAAACGCAUCCUGGAGAAGACGGUUAAUGCUUCUAGGAAGGAUUGGUCCCUCAAGUUGACUGACGCAUUGUGGGCGUAUCGGACAGCUUUCAAGACCCCAAUUGGCAUGUCUCCUUUUCGUUUGGUCUACGGCAAGGCUUGUCAUCUUCCCGUGGAACUAGAACACAAGGCCUUUUGGGCAAUCAAGAGACUUAAUUAUGAUUAUCAAGCUGCUGGAGAAAAGAGGAAGUUACAGCUCAAUGAAUUGGAAGAAAUCAGGAAUGAUGCAUAUGAAAACUCCAAAAUUUACAAGGAGAAGACGAAGUUGUUUCAUGAUCAGUCCAUACUACGUAAAGAGUUUCAUCCUGGUCAGAAGGUUUUACUCUUUAACUCAAGGCUAAAACUCUUCCCUGGCAAGCUUAAGUCACGAUGGUAUGGACCCUUCCUUAUAUUGCAAGUCUUUCCACAUGGUGCCGUUGAAAUUCAGAAUAUUAAAGAUGGGUCGACCUUCAAAGUGAAUGGCCAUCGCUUGAAGCCUUACCUCGAGUCACCCUUUGAAAUAGAGAAGACCUCACUCCCUUUGAGUGAGCCGGCAGAUUCUAUCUAG